CCGGAGAGUCCGCGGCGGACACAGUGGCAGACGGCGGCGGUACGAGCAGUCAGUCCCCGCAGAGGUUUCACUCCGAGUCGGCGAAGGAGCCGAGCGUUGGCUGGAUGGACUGACAGCUUUCAGCACAUUCUCCAAGGAAAAUCCAUCUCCAGACCAGCCCUCAGCCCCCAAGCCCCAUCCCUUCAAUCAACAUGAACUCCGUGCCCCAUGGCUCCCGUGCCUCCAUCGACAUCCUGGAGGAACUCCAGCUGAUUGCUGCACAGAAUCUGGAAAAACUGGACAUCAACAAAUACUAUGAAGUCGUUCGUGAGCUGGGCAAGGGAACCUAUGGAAAGGUGGACCUGGUCAUCCACAAAAUCAGAGGCACGAAAAUGGCGCUGAAGUUCCUGAGAAAGAAGACCACCAAGCUGAAGAGCUUCCUGAGAGAGUACAGCAUCUCCCUCUACCUGUCGCCUUGCCCGUUCAUCAUCAACAUGUACGGCAUCGCCUUCGAAACGGACGACUACUACAUCUUCGCUCAGGAGUACGCGUUGGCGGGAGAUCUGUUUGACAUCAUUCCUCCACAGGUGGGACUUCCUGAGGCGGUGGCGAAGCGCUGCGUGCACCAGGUGGCCAUCGCUCUGGACUACCUACACUGCAAGAAGCUGGUGCACCGGGACAUCAAGCCCGAGAACGUCCUCAUUUUUGACAGAGAGUGCCGAAAGGUCAAGCUGUCAGACUUCGGCAUGACACGGCGCGCAGGAUCUCCAGUGAAACGUGUGAGUGGAACCAUCCCGUACACGGCGCCGGAGCUGUGCGACACCUCCCGACACGAGGGCUUCUGUGUGGAUUACAGCACAGACGUGUGGGCGUUUGGCGUGCUGCUUUUCUGCAUGCUGACAGGAAACUUCCCCUGGGAGAAGGCUAUGCCUAACGACGCCUUCUACGAGGAGUUUGUCCGCUGGCAACGCCGUCGGACCGCCACAGUGCCGUCGCAGUGGCGCCGCUUCACUGAUGAAGCCCUGCGAAUGUUUCGCAGGCUCCUCUCCAUUGAGCAGGAUCGCCGCUGCUCUGUUAAAGAAGUCUUCAGCUACUUCAACCUGUGCUGGAUGCUGGACACAGAGAAUGGGAACUGUAAUGGCAGCAGCAGAGGUUUGCCGAGCAGCGCGCCACCUCUGGACAUCAGCUCGUCCUCGUCUGAGGAGGACGUGCUAGUGGACAGACUGAAGCAGCAGAGCCUGUCGCCUGCCUGUGUGGUGGCAAAGGGAGGGGUCAUGAUGGACACCCAGUACUCCUCCAUGUCCACCAACAGCUCGCCAUCCUCCACCGGCAGCUUCGAGCGAGUCAACAGAGAGAACAACGAAAGAGGGCGCAUCCUGGUGACCACGCCCAUCGAGAUCUGCGUGUAGAGACUGCGCGACACUGCCUUUGUGCUACCUGCUCACACGUGUGCUGACGAGGAAGAUUUCUCCGAGUUGGAGAAAGAAGUGCGGCGAGCGAUGUUUAGCGUCAGCAACCGAACGACAGUCUGGCGUAUGUUGUAGCUUUAUCGUGAAUUUACUCAUUUCUGAUGAAGACAAACUCUGAGGAAAUGAUCCGCAACACUGUCACACAGCCGUAGCUUCCUGUGUGUGGUUUCAGUUCCUGGAUUAAAGAAGAAAAGCUGAGGACAGGAAAAAGAAAAACAACAUAAUCCACGAGCAAUAGAUUUAAAAGAAUCAAAUUAAAAAAAACAAAAACUGAAGAAAACAGACGACUUGGUGUAUAACAAGACCGUGAAUUUGUGUUUAAUGUAUUAGUCAUGUUCAUGUUUGGUAGAUUUUGUUCCUGUAAAGUGUUUUUAUUUGAAGUUUAUUUAUUUAUUUAUGUCAGAUGGGUUUAUUUAUGAUUUAUCAAGUGUAACCACAGAUGUGAAGCCUGUGUGUGGGUUGUUUUUUUUCUCCUUUAGAAGAAUGAAAAAGUAAAAAAUAAAUAAACAUUUCAGCUAUUACAGAAAGUAAAAAUUAUAGAAGCAGGUGAGUUUUCUUUUCACACAGUUACACAUUUCUCUAAAGGUUCUUUUUGUAGAAAUCCUCUGUAAAAUCUCAUGAAAACAUUCACCACAAGGUGGCAGCAUUUUUUGCAAUUUUGAAAUUCUUUUUUAUUUUGCUAAAAGAGUACUUCAGUCUUUUUGUUUUUUAAACUGAAGUCUUGUUUUUUGUAACUUGAAUUCUGCACAAAUGUUGAGCUAAUACUAGCUUAAAUAACAGCUUGUGUUAGCAGAUAGGACGCUACACCACCUUGUGGUUCAAAGUGGUAUUACGCUAAAGUGAUGCCUCAAUCGGUGCAUAGACUGCUUCGACAUAAUGUCAUAGCUGCUGUUUUUUUUUUGCACAUAGUUUUAAUUUUAGAAGCUUUUAAAGUGUUACUAAGUAUCUUAAAGUACUCAUGUUGUGAUCUCUCAUAAAAGCAGAUUUUCAACCCAAAAUGUCCUUUUGUGGUUUCCUAAAUGCCCAAACUUACUGUACAGCAGUAGCAGUUAACUUUAGCCAGACCCCUCGUUAUGGUGAAGUAAUCCAAAUGAAUACUUUUCUUUUUUUUUUUUUUAAAGGCUUAUAAUUUGCCUGCUAUUCUUACAAGUUUAAAAAAUCAAGUUACUUUUUCUAGUUGUAUGGUUCAUGUGGGGAAAAAAUGAAGCAGUUAAAGCAAUUCUGCGAUAUAUUUGGAUUUUUUCCUGACUAAAAUCAUCAUAUCAUCAAAAUUAGAGCUGCAUAAAUGUUUUUCAAAUACAAGAGCAGAAUUUAAUAUUUGGGGAUACUGGAAGUUUUUUUUUUGUUUUUUUUUUGCUGUUUUUUUGAAUAGGAUAGGAAAUGGACAAAAUGCUUCAGAAACAACUUUUUUAGUAUUGCAUGAAGUAACAUUA